AUGUCGACUAGACAACGGAUCCGAGAUCUCAUCAACGUCGCCAAAGACCAUAUUUCAACAAUAUCAGGCGGAUACCGCAUCUCACCCGCUGAUUUCGAUCAGCUGUAUCAGCUCUACCAACAGGACACCUCAGCAAAGGGGCUCUACGAAUUCAUUGUUGACCAUCCGAUGACACAUGCUAUAGCAGGAAAACUGAAAAAGCGACCUAUCGACGUGCUUGCAGCCAUGGUUGACAAGACAGCAGAGGAUUGCCAAAAGGAACUCGACGCUGAGAUCGAGAUCCACCAGGCUGCGGAAGUGAAAGCCGCAGCAGAGCGAGCAAAGGCAAUGGCCGAAGCCAAAAGUGCGAGUGAGCACACUUUGAAGGGCGAUGUGUCGCUACAGAUCCGCUGUGUAGAUAGUAAGAGUGAGAUGGAAAAGUAGGCCUUCUGAGAAAACCCUGAGAUGAGAGAGGCGGGACGAAGUAAGGGACGAUAGCAGGUUUGAGGGCAAUAUCAUGGCAGCACGAGAUGUUUAGCCACUGGAAAAGACCAAUGAGUC